AGGGUUUUCCUUGUCCCAAUCCACCGACCCGAUUAAUCAGUGUCGGCGCUGACCUGUGAUAUGAUAUUCGCGAAUGUUCAACAAUAAUGAAAAAACUGCUUCAUCUCGGAAAGAGUGAUCAUCCCGGGGGUAAAGACGGAUGUUCGAGCUUCAUCGGUAAAGUGUACAACUUGGGGAAACUUCACCUCACCGUCGAAGACACCAUAGCAGAAGGUGGCUUUGCGCUGGUCUUCCUCGCCAAAGCUUCUAACGGUGUCCAUUAUGCCUUGAAACGAAUGUACGUUAACAAUGAGUACGAUCUGCACGUCUGCCGUCGGGAGAUAAAAAUUGUGAAAGAACUGGGGCAGCACAAGAACAUCGUGAAAUAUGUAGAUCAUUCCAUAAAUGCCGUUGGCGGUGGUGUUUACGAGGUUUUGCUCUUGAUGGAGUAUUACCGAGGCCAUGUUCUCCAGCUGAUGAACGAGAAACUCGGUGUUGGGCUGAGUGAGACAGAAGUUCUCACGAUUUUCUGUGAUGUGUGUGAAGGAGUGUCUCGACUUCAUCAUUGUCAAACUCCGAUUGUGCACCGCGACUUGAAGGUGGAAAACAUUCUCGCGAGUGAAAGAGGAAAUUACAUUCUCUGUGAUUUCGGGUCCGCCACUCCGAAGGUAAUCAACCCGUGUUCCAAUAUCAAAUCCGCCGAGGAGGAAAUAUCAAAGUACACCACGUUAGCUUAUCGUGCGCCCGAAAUGAUUGAUCUGUAUUCGGGAAAGACUAUCGAUACCCGUGCCGACAUUUGGGCUCUCGGGGUGCUUCUUUACAAGCUCUGCUACUUUACCUUGCCAUUCGGGGAAAGUUUGCUCGCGAUUCAAAGCGGGUCAUUUGCCAUUCCUGAAACCCCGAAGUAUUCUUCGGGACUCGUGAAACUCAUCCGUUACAUGCUUGAGCCUGACGUAGACAAGAGACCAGAUAUUUUCCAGGUUUCAUACGUAGCAUUCCAGUUGUUGGGAAAACCGUGUCCGGUGAUUAACCUGAAACAUUCAGAAGUACCGAAUAUUGAGCGUUUGUUGGACCCCACCUCGUCACAACCGAAACCCAAUGGAACGUCGCCAAAGGCCGUGAUGUCAUCUCCUGCGUCACAAUCAUCCCUGGGCAGUGUGAUUGAGUCUACGAGUGUUGCUCCUAGAAAACGACCGAAAGCACCCGGAAAGACUGCAUCUACGCCUGGACAAUUUCCUUUGCCCGUUGCUGCGCCUGUAUUGCCAAAACCGCCGCAGAAGACUGAGACGACGAAUGUUGUUAUCUCACCCAAAAUCGCGCAGAACUUGUUUCCUCCGGACUCGGAUUUCACAGAAGUCCUCGCCAAACCCGCCGUGGAAGCGCAAGUGUUUGGUUUCCCCAUGUCAACCAAGAACUCGGACGGAAGCUGUCAUUCCAUGGUGUCCAUCACCCCGCCUAACCUGUGCUCGUCGAAACCCGACGCCGACUCUGACCCUCGUCGCCACCGCCGCAACGUCUCGGACACUUCCGCCUUCAACAAGCAGUUUGCGUUGGAAACGACGCAGUUUUUGGCGCCUUUCGAAGCCUCGGCGCCGUUUGUACCCUUGGACUCGACGAACGUCUUGGAGAAUGCCAUGGAGCACAUGAACAUGGACCCGAACCUCGUGAGACGAGUGUCGAGCUCGGCGUCUCAUACUCAGAUUUUUGUGAGUGCCAAGGUGGCGGCGCCGCGAGGGUCGCUUUGGAAUCCGUUUCAGGAACCCGGGGACUUUCCCGCUGACUUUGCCGAGCAACCGCGGAGGGCUUCAGUUACGAGUGGUGGUGUUACAGUGGGCGGAUCCGCGAACCAAUUGAGCAUGAGUGAAGAUCCUUUUGGUGCUGCACCGUUUUCUCUUCCUCCAGGUGUUCUCUUCUAG